UGUAAAAGUUCGCUAGUACGGACAACGUGUAUUUUUUGGAUGCACCUUUUAAAGAACCAUAGGCUUAAUUGAAAUAGGUAUAAAUAACUCAGGUCGGAUUAUAGCAUCACAGACGAAUUUUUAAAUGCCGCCAAGAGUUUUAGAAGAGUUUUAAACUAUUUUAUUUUUUAGGAAGUAAGAAUUUAUGAUCAAUUUAUUAUUAAGUAUUUAUUUAUGAACAUGCCUUAUGAUGCCUUAUCUUACUUACUUACUUAACGAUUCUUAAUCUGUUACUAUAACUAUAGACUAACUGUAAACUGUUGUGUAUCUGUAUCAUACUGUCAAUACUGUAUCGUUUAUUAAUAGUUACUACUAAUAAUAAUCAAUGCUAAUUUAACUUUAACACAGCUACAGGACAGCUAAAGAUUAUACAAAAUAUUUCUUAGGUUAAUAUUAUUAAUAAAAUAUGACUUCUUUGCCUUCUGGCAAACUACUUUACUUUUUACUUUAGUGGCUAUUUUAAUUUGCAGUACAAAUUUUAAAUUAUAAAUUCUAAGCACUUUGUUAGAUUAUUUAGGCUAGAUAAAUGAUAAAGUACCUGGAUCAUGCAGAGGAAAAUUUACGCCCAGAGUAAGUUGAAGCCUGAAAAUGGCACACCUACUCCCGUUUCAUCAAUAAAAUGAUAGAGGAUAUAUCUACCAUGUUUCCUCAUAAAUAAGACAGGGUCUUAUAUUAUUUUUAUCUCAGAAAAUCACAAAGGGCUUUAUCAGGGGAUGUCUUAUUUCUCUCAUUGACUCAUGUAAAAUUUGUUAUAUUUAUUCGUAUACAAACUCUGUUUUUACUCAUGUCGAUUCAUGUACAAAUAUCUAUUUUUUAUUCAAAUAUAGUCUGGCAUCUUCUUCUGGAACAUAAUCAUAAAUCUCUAAAUCAUGAAUUACUACCUGAAUUUCUUGCGACAUCAUUUCUUGUAGAACAAUUGACCUCAAUUUCUUAUUUCACGCAGUAAUAGAACUCUCCUUAAAUUAGCAUUUCUUGUCCAUGUAGCUUGCUUGUAGUGCCUUGACAACACAGCUGUCGGUGAUUUUAUCCCAUGACCAUGAAUUGUUCCCCCCAGUAAUGACCUCUUGCAGGCCAGGCUUCACGAAGAUCCAAGGUGAUAUCUCUACAUUUAAUUUAGUCAUUGAUUUUCAUGCGCAAAUGGUCCUUGAAUGGCCUGUUUAUUGCAAUAUCAUGAGUCUGGAGAUGGGAGUCUUUCUAGCAGGAAACAUUAUUUGAUCUAUUCCUCUCUCUUCAGGGAAGUUCUUCAUGUCUUAAGCGCUGUGAGUGCUGGCUGAAUUUCAGAUUAGCAGAUGUCUUUGGCCACCUCGCAAAACAAGUGGCAGAAUUAAUUAAAUCAAUCCACUUCCUUAUGAGUGGUAGCAUUAAAUUGACCCAAUUCCUUAUAGCUGAUUGUGUGCACCAAGCUUUUUUUUUGUUUCAAGAAUAUUAAUGCCUAAGACACGUUCAACCUUCUCUUGCACUUACUGAUGAUUAGAGGUUGGGCUUUUUUUUCAUGCAGACAAAAUUUACCAAAUGCAGGUAACAUGCACUUUUGUUACCAGUGGAGGGAAUGUAGAUUGAUGAGGCAUCCCUCUGAUAAAUUGUCAUAUGAGAAACUUGGCCCAUAAACACGUUGUGCAGUUUCAUCCAUCAAAAUCAUGUUGGAAAGUUGUAAUUUGGAAAAGUCGAUGCCAUCAACAAAGGACUUGAAUGCAAGUGCACAUUUAAUAACUUCACUAUAUUCCAGCUUGAACAGCGUUGUCGAUCCACUUAAAGACAGUUCAUAAUGCUGAAGGAAGCCACUGAGGCACUGUUAUGAUGGUUUAAAUUAUUCUGUGAAUAUUUCUAACUGUGGUCCCAUUGCAAGGGAAAAUGCUUGCAUGUCGGCCCUGUGCACAACCAGAGCCUUUGCUCUCCUGUCCAAAAUCCAUUCACUGAUGAUGCCUUCCAGCUCAGAAAAUACUGGUUUGCCGACGUACUCCACACUUGCUAAUCUUAACAUUGCCCUCCUCCACAUGUUGACUGAGGUUAUUGGCUGCUUCCAUUGUAUUCUCUUGGUAUCCCUCUGCCAAAAGCACUCUCUGAAGUCUGAUGCAACAGCUGUUUUGUUACACAAAGAAGUUGAUGAUAGGGAUUAUUUUAAGCAUAGGCCUUACAUUUCCUCCUGCAUGUUUAGCAUGCUAGGGUUUAUUUUUAGUUUUGGUCUAAUUUUCAGGGAAAUGUGGUAGGUGUAUGCCCUAAGCCUACACUAUAUAUAUAAAUAUAUAUUACGAUUUGGUGCCCCCUGAGGUAAGUGCCCGGGGUGGUCAUCCCUUUUGCCCCCUUUCACAUGGUCCUGCUUAGAAGAGUGUCUAACUGUGAUAAUAUUAAUCAUUUAGUUUGGGCCCAUAUGAUUAAGGGGUAAGCUGAGUGAUAAUUUAUUAAGCUUUCAUGAGGCUAACAUGCAAAGAUAAUAAUUACAACAUAAUAUAAUAUUAAAUAAAAAAAAAAUUUUAAAUACCACAUUUUUCACUCAUUUUUUUUUAAAAUAGAGGUACAGUAGUCCAUUGUCAAUGAGUAGAAACUUGAUUUUGUAUUUUGGUAUUAAGUUGAUCAAAGUAAUGCUUUUGAAUAGGGAUUAUUUAUAUUUGGCUUUCUUUCUUUAGUUCCUUGCCUUUGGGUUACAAGCUCACAGUUUUCAAAGAAAACUCACAUUUCCACUCAUCCCUAUUGCCAGGAUGGCAUCAGGGGCGUCCACACCAACAGUUACUAGAAAUGAAGAGAGCACAAUAGUUUCCUUCGGACCAGAGUCUGGAAUGAGAGAGGAAUGUGGACUGUUUGGGAUGGUUGCUACAAAUACUGGCAAUGAUAUCAACCUUUCUCAUCUUAUUCAUUUGGGACUCGUUGGCCUACAGCACAGGUAAUCAUGUAAUGCAUAUGGAAGAAAUAGCUUUUAGUUUUGAUACUGAUAAUACAUUUUUGAAUUCUCCGUCAAUAAAUAAUUACUAGGACCUAUUUUGGUGUAGUCAGUGCUCCUAGAAUGAUUCUGAGGGUUAUCUUAUUUUCUAUGAAGCCUUCAAAAACAAAUGCCAAAAAGAAUUUAUAAGCAAGCAGAUCAUGUACAAGCUCAUCAAGCCAACCAAACAGCUGGGUGACUUGGCAAUCAGUCUUUUGGCCUUUUGAUGGAAGUUUGGAGGAGUUUAGAAAUCUUGCUUAUCCCAACAACAAAAGAAUCUUGAGACAUAUGAGUUAAUGACUGAGAAAUCGUGUUCUGGCCAGUUUCUAAACGCCAACACCAGCAUAUUCCAAAAUGUAUUUAAUGUUUUUCAAUAAUUCAUUUGUAUUAGUAUUAGGAUAAUGUAACCCUCAUAAUUUUUUUGUCCAUAAAUAAUUUUAAAAACUUAUUUUGUGGUCAACAGGGGGCAGGAGAGUGCUGGUAUUGUCACUUCAAUGGGUGGAUUAAAUGACCCAUUUGUUACAAGAAAAGCCAUGGGGCUUGUUAAUGGUGCAUUUACCGAUGAGGAUAUUAUCAACCUGAAGGGAAACCUUGGCAUUGGUUUGUAUAUUCAUACAUUCAGAUCCUGAUUGGCAGUUUUAAUUUGAGAAAUUAGACAUUUACUUUUCGAGUUCAUUGGAGUAAAUCAGUUUGGCUUUUAAAAACUAGUAUCCCUAAUUUUGAGAAUCAUUUGAUUAUGAAAUAGUAAGAUUUAUAUUAAUUACAAUUUUAUUGACAGCUUAUCAAUAAUCACUUUACAGAGCCUGUAUGUGUUGCCUAAAUUUGUUUUGAUCAAUAAAUUGCACAAAAAGAAAAUUGAUUUGCUUUUCUUUGCGUUGAAAAUGUCUUUUUUUUAAACUACAAUAAUGUUUGAACAGGUCAUGUGAGGUAUUCAACACAAGGACUUUCAGAUACUUCCAACAUACAGCCGUUUGUUGUUGAAAGCCUUCAUGGGCUUAUAGCUGUUGCCCACAAUGGUGAGCUAGUGAAUGCCCAUACUAUUAAAAACAAGGUAAUCUUAUGGUUUUUAAAGUUUACAUUAAUAGAUACUAUGAGCACUGCGUAUAGCUACUGAAUUGAAAAGAGUAAUUUUAUCUUAGAACUGCCCAGUUAGAAUCCUUUACAACAGUUUCUCCCAUUUGAUACCUAUAAAAUCAGGCUGUGUCUGCCUUUCAGUGUGCUAAGUAACAUGAAAGAAAAAAUGCAGUUAUCAAUAUCCAUUCUAUUUUAAUAAUUGAUAGAAUCAGGCUAAAAAAAUUACUCUUUUUUUUUAACAAUUCUAAUGCAAACAUUUUAAAAUAGGUGUUUAAACUUCAAAUUUGUGCCUCAUUUAUACCACUGAACCAUUGGUCUAUUAAUCUUCUGAUGUUGUUGCUCAUCCUUUGCAUGCGAAGAUGACCAAGACUGAUGUGAAUUCAUUUAAGUGGCAUGCAUGUAAUCUAAAUAAUUUUUUCUGAUUGUGUUUCUGUUUCAUGUUGUCUUUUAACUAUCACUUUACUUAAUCGCCAGUUACUGAAACAUGGCGUCGGCUUGUCUACUAGCUCGGACAGUGAGUUAAUAACCCAGCUUUUAACACAUACUCCAGAAUGUGGUGAGCCGAAUGGACCCAACUGGGUGGGACGGUACGUUAGAGAAAAGUGGCACGAAUAAUGAUUUGGUUGCUAGUGUUGGAUUAAAUCGAUGCUUUUAUUUUUCAUAUAUUAUUAUUUUCUGUUUCAUAUAAUGAAUAAUAAUUCUUUUAUGUUGAUGACAUCAAAAUUUAAGUCGUAUGAUGAUCACAGCCUAUACUAAAAAAAUGAGAAAGUUUUAGAAACCUGUUUACAACUUUCUAUUUCUAAGCUCCACAUAUCACUUUUACAGAUAACCAAGUUUUUUAUUUUUUAAAAUCUCAUGCUUUUUUCUGGCAUUGGUAAAAGAUAAUUUCAAUACAAUUUAUUUUUUUCAGAAUUACAACAAUGAUGCAACAGACCAUUGCUUCCUAUUCUCUUCUCAUCAUGAAUAAAGACAGAAUUUGGGCUGUGCGUGAUUCCUAUGGCAAUCGUCCUCUCUGCAUUGGAAAACUACUACCCACUGAUGCCUUCACUGGUAAGCAGCAUGAAGACUCAAUAAUCUUAGCUAUUAAACCUGGGGUUUAAUCUGUCAUCAUUUCUGUUAAAAUUUUAUUGCAGCUGUUUUUAUUUGCUUUGCUGUGGGCUCUGGCAAAAUAAAUGUGCAGCUCGACCAUGCAGAAAGAAAAGCAUGUGCUUAAUUAAUCAUUAAAUUUGUGUUUAUUUUAUUUUGAAAAGUAGAAAUCAAAAUACAUUUUUGAAAAUAUGUUGUAUAAAAGCUUAUUUUACUUGUGAGGAUGGUUUUAUUGCUCCAAAGUCCUUGUUGUUUAUAAUUAAACAGAGCUUUGCAUAAUAGAUAAUGCAGACAUAACUGUACAUUACCCAGUCACAUGUGUUGAAAAAAAUGUUGUUGUUUUUUUCUGAUACGUUCCUGGUCCAAUCUUUAUACUUUAUUGUUGACACUUUACAGUGUUAUUCAGAAAAUCUUCAGGUAGGUUCAUCGUGUGACAUUUUGUUUGUUUUAUCUUUUAUCUGCAAUUGUGUGCACAUUUUGAUGAGACUUAACAAUUUAGGUAGUCAUCCAACAACUUGCGACAAUUUAACAAAAUGAAACAUUUUAUAAUUUUGUUCCUUCAAAAGUUAGAACAAGUUGUGAUACUUGGAGACCAGGUUAGUGUAUUAUGAAAAUGUGAUAAUUAAUUUAAAAGAAUGUAUUUUUUUACAGCUUUUUUAAAAAUUAAUAUUUUACAAACUUUCUUUAAUAAGUAAGUUUUAAAAAAAACUAAUGUAUUGAUAUUUUCAUAGCAAAAAGGAACUUUUUCUUUCUCUAGUGCCAUUUUUUUUCAUCUAAAUUUCACCCCAAUAUGAAACCUACCCAAGAUUGACUGAUAAUAAUAUUUAAAGGCUAGAUCUAACUGAACGAAACUGGAAAAAUGUUGUCUAACUUUAUUAAGCUCUGAAUGAAAAAUCAUACUGAAACUUAGACUAACUUGGUUGAAAUGAAACGGUUGGUCCACAGAUAUCAAAAUGUAAAUUUGAUUAAAAUUGUACAUUUACCAUUUCUAAACUUUAAUAUGAUCAAACAGUCCUGCCUAGUUGAAGAAAAAUUAAUUUAAAUAAAAUUAGGAGAGAAGACAGAAAAAUCCUGAAAUCUACAUCAACCUCAGCGGUGAAGUGAAAUCAGUAAUAGUAAACUUUGAUCUGGAAUUUAAAAAAGUUGUUGGAUAUUUUAAACGUUUUCCUGCUACGUUGCAAUUUUUUUGCUGUCCUUUUUUUUCCCCUAUUACUUUUUGGAUGGUAUAGACCUGAACCCAAAUGUCUUUCAUUAUUGCUUAAUGUAAAGUUUCUAAUACCAGAUCAGAAAAUUAGUUCAACCUUUUAGAUACAGAUUUUAUUCAUAGUGCACAAUUUCACUUUGCAUAUUUGGGCUACGUACUUCCUGUUGCAAUUUCAUAAUCACCCUGUGAUUACCUAGCUCCAUGGGCAAAAGAAACCCUAUCACAGUAGAGAUCAAGUUAGAUAUUAUAUAGAAGAACGAAUGUAAUGUGUUCUCAAUCAAUAUUGUUUGAGGGACAAGAAACUCUGCAUACAUUUUUACAAAUGUUAACAGGGAAAUCAGAGUUUUAAUGAUGAAGAGGGAUGUUUUUUUAAAAUUAGGAACUAAUCCCACAACUUGUCAUAUCGACCAGCCUGACCUGUUAAAUUUGUCACAUUCAGUGAGACAAGCACCUAGAAUAGAAAACGGCAAGCUUGUGGAAUGAUUUUAUAGUUUCCUGGAAGGAUAUUAACCAACUGAAUUUAAGAAUCUUGAUUACGUGACUAUGCUGAACAUUAAGGAUAAAAACUGUUUUCUUCAAGGCUCCAAAUAUUGAGACAGUAAAACGUGUUUGGUAUUUUCCUCCCAAUAAUUUCUGUACUUGUCAUAACAAAAUAAAUAAUACUAUGUUGUAUAUACCCUUGUUUCUCAGUUAUUUUAUAAACCAUUUAGUUCAGAGCUGAACAAAUAUUAUCCACGUAGUGUGCUCAUUAACCAAAGUAACCAUUGGAGACCCUUCUUAUAUUUACAUUAUUUUUAAAAAAAUUAUUUUAAAUCUUUAAAAUUUGAAGAUUGCAAUCAGCAUUUACUAACUUAUGCUGUUGCUGUGUAAAUAAUUAUUUGUCCCUGUCCUGUAUUUAAGACUUGAUACUUUAACUGUAUUUGAAUUUUUUAUGCACUUGAGAUUCUAUUAUGCUUUAAUUUAUAAAUAAAAGGGAGACAUUUCUUUACUAUAAUUUGUAAGGAAAUGUACAUUUUGAAAAUUUGAUAGGGCAGCUACAAAUUAUCAUCCAGAUUCCUUGCUGGUCAACAUGAUGUCUGUGCAUCAUGUACAUAUACAGGAAUAUCUAGCACGCUUUAUUAAUAGGGUGCUUCAUUCUUGAGCACAACAUUUCACCUUUUUUCAAUAAUUGCUUCUAAUUCUAACAUGUUCAUUGUCAAUGGGUGAAAAUAUUUUUGUGGACUUGCAAGUACACAUAAGACUGUGCUGAACUUAAGGCAUUAUUUAUUUAAGAUUGCUGGUGGAGUCUUUCCACAAUAUUGUUCAGCUAUGCCUGUAUUCAAACUAAAAAUUUUCUAAAUUCUUGGAAGAGCAAAAGGAAAAUGGAAUGAAAAGGUGAAUUUUAUUAUAUAGAAUUUGAAAUAAACUCUAAAUUAAAAAAUCUAAAUUAAAAAUUAUUUAUGAUCACUAAAAUACAUUAAAAGUUAAGGAUGCACACUUUUUUUGCCUCCCAUUUUUCUAUCAUCCUUUAAUAUUUUUUUUUUAUAGAAAAUCGACAAGUCUCACAACAUGAGUGUGAAGCAUGGAUUGUGGCAUCUGAGUCCUGUACCUUCCAUGCAAUGGGAGCCAAAUAUGUUAGAGAUGUUCAGCCAGGUAAAUUUAGGCAAUUUUACAUUAACAUUACAUUAAGAAUUGGACAAGCGAAAGUAUCCAAACCAAAAAUGCUAACUAACUUGUGUUUAGUCAUAUUGGUACAAAAUAUAUUAACUGAAAAUACUGUAAUCUAUCAUAAAACUUUGGUCAAGGUCUAUAAAUAUGGAAACAAUGUUAAACAAGUGAGUAAAAAAAUAGACCUAAAUUAGGUACUCUGCCGAAGCAAGGGACACUCCUAGUAAAUUUGUAUCGGAAAUGGGCCUCUGCACAAUAGAAUCCGAGUUUUUAAUUUUUUUCAUGUGCAUGUAAUUUGAAUAAAUUAGGAGUCCUUUUGACCCAUAAUUAAGGUCUGACUCCGCCCAUUAACGUUAGGAGAAAUGUUGAACUACAUUCCCAUUGAGUUAAUUUUUUCUUUAUAGCAACGUUAAGUAAGGAAAAUCGUAUGUCAUUAUAAGGCAUCUUCGCAUUAAAAAAUUUGGUCUAAAUAUUCAAAGUAGGUCUUUCAUAUAAUUUGUUGAAAUGCACGUGUGCAAAAUUUCAUUGAGAUAGCUCAUGAAACAUUUUCACAAUUCUCCUCAACGUUGACCUCAUUAUGCAAAGGUCGCACAUGCCAUUUUGGAUUAAUGAAUCCGCCCCCUUAUAAAUGACGGAAAACGCCGAUACUUAGCUUAGGAAAUAUUCAUUAUUACCUCUAUAUAUUCAUCAAAAUAUUUGAUAACUUGUGUUUCAGAAUGCAUUUUGAAGACAUUUAAACUAGAAUUUUUAAAUUUGAGCUUUAAAAAGCCGGUAGAGUCCAUAUUAUUAACUAUCAGAAUUGACCGUGUGCAAAUAGUCAGGGAAACCAUUCACAGCCAUUUGCCUAAUGUUAUGCCGUAGUACUACCUCAAGUUUCACUCAUAAGAGUUUGCCGUUUGCAAAAACUAUUAACACCAUUGGUCAGGGAAAGCUUUAGUUAAUUAGUCAUGUGCUAAAGUUGAAAGUUCAAAAUAAGUAGAUCCCAAACAACAUUUUAGGGGGUGCGUUGCCUUAUAUAGACUAUAUAGCAUAUACCAGUAUAAUGGACGCUGAAGAUUUGGUAAACAGAAAAGCCAUAUAUUAAUCCAUUAUUUUAAAUUUAUUGUUAUACAUAGUGCAUAGUUAGAUAAACUAUAAUUUAUAUAUAAUUGUAUAACAAUAUUAAAAUUUUUUGUUAAUACAGAAUUAGUUCUGAAAAUAAAAGUCGCAUAAAAUUAUCAUUAAAAUGAGAGUUAUAUAGCUCAUGAUGCGAACAGCGGAAUUUGGUUACAGAAUGUGGAGAUGCAGUCCAUGUUAAAAAUGACAAACGAGGUCGUACUUUAAAAAUUCAUAACUUUAAAACUACAACAGCUAAAAAUAUGAUUUUGGUGUUAUAAUUUUUUUUAAAAUUUGCUCUUUUCAACUAUGCCCUUGGUUUAUUUUUACAAAAAGUUUUAAUUUUCUAAUCAACGUACCUACUUAAAUAAGUGUGUUGCUCUAGUAAUUUUUGAACCAGUUCCAUGAUUGGUUAGUCUGUACCUUGCCAUAUAAAAAAAUUAUGGUGAUCAUAUUUAGUAAUUUUUAAAAGACAAUUUCUCAGUAGUGUUACGGCUUUCCAACCUCUUACGGCUUUCCAACCUCUUACGCCUCAGUUGCAUUAUACCAAAUCUGAUACACCAAAUCUGUUCGUUAACAGCACUCCAUUUUCAGGGUUGCCUAGUGAUGGUAACUCUUCUUACUAAGGAGUUACAAAGAGCCUAUUUAUGUUUCGUUGGAGUUUGGUGGCUGUGUGCUUGAUUUUAUGCUACUUUUGAUUUUAAACUAAUUUUAAUUUUUAAAAAGAAAUAGGGAUGUGUAGUUUUAGGCUAAAUGGUGUUUGCCCUUUUAGAUUGCUUCAAUGCAACUACAUCGGCUGUUAGUCUCGACAGUAAUGAAUUUAAUGCAGAAGUACUUGCAGAAUUAGAUAAGGGAAAUAAAAAUUAUAUUGAAUUAGUUUAAAAAAUGUAUAUCCUUGAUACUGAUUGGUCAGAAGAUGAAGAUGGUGUUUAAUAUAGAUAGAUCUGACUGGUCUAACCAAUUACCUUCAAUUCACAUUGAAGAAUUUUAGGUGUACCUGGUUCUAAUGGAGACUUAUUUUAAUUAGAAUGUAUUUUUGUCUUUAAAAUCAUCAGAAUUUUUUUGUAUAAUGAGAGGAAAGAUUGAUUUUUAAUAAACUUUUCAAGUCAGGCAACAUUUGGUCAAAAUGGAGUUAUUUCUCUUUGCUUUAUACUAAAGUUAAUUUUGUAAUGGGUGCUACGGCACCGUUAUUACAUCUUGGUAUCGGUUUAUAUUGUUGACAUGGAUUUUAUAUCAACAGGAGAAAUUGUUGAGGUGACCAAACAAGGCAUUUUUUCAAAAGCCAUUGUCCCAAGACCUGAAGCACAACCCCCAGCUUUCUGCAUAUUUGAAUAUGUAUAUUUUGCAAGGCCUGACACUGUAUUUGAAGGUAUAAAUAAAUGUCACUCUUUGUUUUAUAGGUUUAAUUCUCAUUUACCAUCCCUAAAUGGCUUACAGUACAAUAUUAAGUUAAGCAUAAAUUAUAUUGAUUUUUUUGUUUGUUGCUGUUCAAACCUUGGUUUUCAAUUUUAGGCCAAAUGGUUGCAAGUGUUAGAAGGCGUUGUGGUAAGCAGCUUGCUUUAGAGUGGCCAGCUGAUGUAGACCUGGUCAGCACUGUCCCUGAGUCUGCAACACCAGCUGCCAUGGAAUAUGCAGCACAAGUAAGUUUGGGCCUGUCAUUUUUUCACUUCAUUCAAAUCUCUGCCACGUUUGUAAAUUUUUGGACUAUUAAAUUUGUUUCCUUUUAAACUCUUGAAUGCACUGAAAGAAAGUUAUCAUUUUUUUAGGAUAGGAAGAGUAGUUCUUUUAUUUUAAAAGGAAAUGUUUCUUUGAGAAGUCUUUUUCUGUCUUAAUAAAUGACUUUAUUAUUAAUUAAAAUCUCACGUCUUUACUGAUGUCAAAAAUGUUUUCAUUCACUUAGAAGUCUUUGAUUUUGAGUGCGUUCAUUAAAAUUUACAGCUCAACAUCCCAUAUUUAGAGGUCCUGUGCAAAAACCGAUAUGUUGGACGAACAUUCAUCCAGCCAUGCACACGACUUCGCAAACUAGGUGUGGCUAAGAAAUUUGGCCCGCUGGUUGAUAAUUUUUAUGGAAAACGAUUAGUGCUUAUUGAUGAUUCAAUAGUCAGAGGCAACACUAUGGCAGCCAUAGUUGCACUUCUAAAGAAAUCAGGGGCUAAAGAGGUUAGUGAUGCAAUUUUUUUUAUUGUUUUAAUGUUUCAUUUUUAACUAUAACUAUAGAAUUUAUAAAAGAGCAUCUGAAUCAUCAUAUCAUGAAAGUAAAUGUUUAAAAAAAUUACAUUUCAGACCAGCCAUUAAAAAAAAAACUCUAAUUAUAAAGAUUUGAUUUUAUUUCUUCAGGUACAUAUUAGAGUGGCCUCCCCUCCAAUUAAAUAUCCCUGCUACAUGGGAAUAAACAUCCCAACAAAAGAAGAACUUAUUGCUAACAUUAUCCCACUGGAUCAAAUAGCUAAAGAAUUCGGUAUGUGUAAAUUGUCGUCAAAUAAUGCAAAAGCAGCUUAAAUUUAAAAAUUAAAAGUUCUGUCAGAUUAUUUAAGAACUUAUUUUCAGUUUAUCUUUAGUCAUUAUGUAAUUUACAUACAAGAUAUUUAAAUUUUCAUAACUUUUGAGCUGCAAUGUCUUUCAUCAUAUCAUUAAGUAUGUAAUUAUGGCUGUAAUGCUGUGUUCAAUAGGCACGCAAAAUAAAUUCCCAGAAGUUAGCACUAAUGAGAUUCCUAUACACUGCAAUACUUGAAUGCAUGUUUCUCAAGUAAGGAAGUUCAUGCAUUGUUGCCAUCAUUGUUUGGCGGGUUAUUGCUAGUGAUUAUAUAAAAAUUAGUUCUGUAAAUACAAACAUUUUUUAAAUGUGUCGAUUUAAAAGGAAAUUGUUAAACUAAUUAUUUUCCAGGGGCAGACUCUGUGCAUUACUUGUCAUUGGAUGGACUCAAGAGAGCUGUUUCUGAAGGGAUAAAAGCAGACCAGGAAUCUGGCCACUGCACAGCUUGCUUAAGUGGAGAAUAUCCUGUAAAAAGGCUAGAGUGGUGAUGGCCCUCUUUUCUGUGUGAGUGAAGUUCCAAUAGAAAUGGAAUCCAGGCAGCAGCAUUCAUUUAUUAACAGCAUAGUAAUUGGAAGUUUCCAACUAAAUGCGACAGACUUUUUUUUUUUUUUUUUUUAAGAGAGUAUCAUAGACUUGCUAGAG